UGUAACUAAGUGGACCCUACUGACCUCUGAACCACAAAGGAUAAGAGUGAAAAGAAGUGGGAGAAGCACACGGAGAAAAAGGAAGUGGAUGCACUUUCAUCUGGACUUCUUUCCUGCCCUUUAUUACUAAAACUGAAUGGAAAAGAGAGUCUUCUGUGCCUUUCCUCCCCGAACCUCAGGGAUGGGUGGAUUGUAAAUACGGCGUGUGCAGCUAGGAGAAUAGACUGAACCAUGAAUCUUCAAGCUCAGCAAAAGUCUUCAAGCAAAAGGACUGGGAAGCGAAUUGCUUAUUUUAAUGAGCAGGAAAUAGCUGUGUCAUCAAAAGAACCACAGCAGCAACUUAAGGAAGGACAGUACUAUGGUCAUGGAGGGAAUAUACCAGUCUCCCAAACUAUGGAGAUUUCUCACGCAGGAGGAUUAACAAGUGCCCCCAACAAUGUUGCUUUGAUGAACUCUGUUUACAAUCAAGAUAGGGGAGAAUCAAUGAUGAUGUCCCAGGCAGUAACAAGUGUCAAAUGGCAGAAUUCACUAAUGGGAAACCGAUUGCCAGAGAGGGGUGACAGCCACUGGCAGUCUCCACCUUCAAUGUGGAACCACAGUAUGGUUUUUGGGGGUAACCCAAAAGGACCUCACUCCAAUGCUGGUGCCCCGGGCUUCUUUAGCCACCCAGAAGCCCUUAAAAGAAAUCAAGAGAAAGGAGUGUUUGUGUCACAGUUGGACUUGUAUGGAGAUGCUGUCCAGCAGAUGAUGUCCCAGAAGGCUCAGCUGGAACAGCAAGCCCUGGUUAGACAGCAAGCUCAAAUGAAUUCUUUUCAUCAGAUGCAGAAACAGCAGCAGCAGAGUCAAAGUCUGCCAUUACAGCCUUUCCAACUUGCAUUUGGUCACCAAGGCCAAAAGCAGGGUCUUCCUGAAUUGUUACAUGUCUUUCAAGAAGCCCCAGCUUCUUCCAGUCCAGCAUUUACUGCUCAACAAAAACAGCAAGCUCUUCCCCAGCUACAACUUUUUGAAAAUUUCUAUCCUCAACAGCAGCAGCAGCAACAGGCUGCCACACAAGCCUUCAGUCUGCAGCAAACUACUUCCAUAACACAGCCUCAUGUGGCAGCUGCAGCACCUCAGCAUCACAUGAUGGCACACCAGUUUCAGCAAACAGAGAGGAACCAGGAACUAUUCAAGGCUCUAACAGAGCAGAACCAACAGACUGUGCUACCUCAGACCCAGAUUCCCUUUCCAAGAAGGUCACGGAGACUCUCCAAAGAAGGUGUCCUGCUGACAUCUGCAGGAGAAGCGUUGGCUUCCAAGCAGACAGAAGAACAACCUAGCAAUUUAUUUCUGCAUCACUGGCAAACGCAUCAGCAAGAGGUCCCAUUACAGCAGCCGCCUGAAUCACUAGCCCACAACAAAGGUAGCUAUUCACACCCCAAGAGAAUAGAUCUGGGGCAGAAGGAUGUCCUGGUCAAUAACGAGCUGUGCCAGAUGGAAACAGACGGGCAAGCUACAGCCCAGAAUGGUAGAGAUGGGGAAAAACAGGCAGCAGCAGCUGAAGAAAACGCUCAGAGAACUAAUGAUUUUCAGGGUGUCAGAGGUGGUGUAAUCCAGAGUACACGACGGAGACGGCGUGUUUCUCAAGAAGCCAAUUUGUUAACUUUGGCCCAAAAAGCUGUUGAGCUGGCUUCUCUUCAGAAUGUAAAGGAACUGGAUACUUCAGAAGAGAAGAAGAGUGUGCUGAUAGCAGCUCCAGAACCUACAGCUGCAAAAAGUGUUGUGGAAUUUGCCGGUUCUUCAACAACUCCCAAAAGACCCCGGGAGGAUAACAGCCUUGUGCCACUUAUCAUUCCUGUGUCUGUGCCAGUGAGAAAAAUUGACUUGCAGAGCCUUGGAAAGGAAAAGUCUGAGGAUGGAAAGCCUCAGAGAGGCCAAACAAAUGAUCGAGCUCCUUGUGAACGCAAGCCUUCAGUGAUAGUCACUCGGAGGCGAUCUAAUCGUAAUACUAACAUGGAAACCUCAAAUCAGCACGAAGAUACUGUUCCAAAGGAUGAAGCAGAGGGCUUUGCCCGGAAACCAAAGCAGCGGCCAAGACCCGAGCCACUCUUCAUACCACCAAAAGCUGGCACCUUUAUUGCACCACCUGUUUAUUCUAACAUUACUCCAUAUCAGAGCCAUUUACGGUCACCUGUCCGUCUGGCAGAUCAUCCUUCAGAUAGGAACUUUGAGCUACCUCCUUACACUCCUCCACCAAUUCUUAGUCCAGUGAGAGAAGGAUCUGGGCUAUAUUUUAAUGCUAUCCUCUCUUCAAGUGGUCAUUCGGUUCCACCUCCAAUGACUCCUAAGAGUGCUCAUAGAACUCUGCUUAGAUCAAAUAGUUCAGAAGUUACUCCUCCUGUUCUUAUGGUAGUGGGGGAAGCCACCCCAGUCAGCAUUGAACCGCGAAUAAAUGUAGGAACUCGCUUUCAAGCAGAAAUCCCAUCACUCCAAGACAGAUCUCUGGCAGCAGUAGAUGAACAUAAAGCAGAGCUGGUGUGGCAGCCGUGGGGUGACCUGGAAACCAACAAAGUCACCCAAGAGAAUGUGGAAAACCUGCUAGCUGCUGCCUGUUCAAGCAUUUUUCCUGGGGCUGGAACCAACCAGGAGCUGGCACUACAUUUCUUACAUGAAGCAAAGGGAAGCAUUCUGGGAGCUUUGACCAAACUGCUAUUGAAGAGGCCAGUACGAUCGCCUACCCACCCUUUGGCAGAUUAUCACUACACAGGAUCAGACAAGUGGAAAGUUGCUGAAAAAAAACUUUUCAACAAAGGCAUUGCAAUCUACAAGAAAGACUUUUUCUUGGUCCAAAAGCUUAUAAAAACCAAAACAGUGGCUCAGUGUGUGGAAUUCUACUACACAUAUAAGAAACAAGUUAAAAUUGGUCGGAAUGGGACCUUAAUCUUUGGGGACAUUGAUGCUGCUAAUGAGAAAUCUGUGAAAGAUGAAGCUGAAGUUGACAUCAAGAGUUCCCAUAGGUUUGCACGUGUUCUUCCUCCCAGAAGGGAUAUUUACAGUGAAGAAGAAGGGCAUGUGGAGGAGGAGGAAGAGGAGGAAGAAGAGGAGGCAGAGGAAGAGUUGGAUAACAGAAAGAAGAACACAGUUCCUCUCAGAGAUGAACAGACACUACAAGAUGGUGUAAUAGCCAAUGAUGCUGAUACCAGGAGUCAAGAGUCAACUGUUACAGGCAGAAUUGGAAGGAAACCAAGGGAGACAACAGUGAAGCCUCGAAAGCCUAUUACUGCUCCAGUGCAGAGGAGGAGACGGAAACAGAAGAUAAAAUCAGAUGCUACAAGUAAAACUCAGAACACAGAAAACACAUUUCCAUGUAAAAAAUGUGGCAGGGUGUUCUACAAGGUGAAGAGCCGCAGUGCUCACAUGAAAAGCCACGCAGAGCAAGAGAAGAAGGCAGCUGCACUGAAGCAGAGAGAGAGAGAGGCGGCGGCAGCAGUGGCAGCAGCAGCGGCAGCCCACAGCCAGGCCCGGCAGGAAGAGAGCAGUGAGAGUGGGAGCAGCAGCAGUGGAAGCAGCAGUGCAAGCUCAGAUGAAGAUGGAGAAAUAUAG